UAGCAUUUGUAGUUGCCUUAGAACAUGUGAUACACGCGCAUUGUGUAACAGAGCUGUAACAAGACUCGAUUUAUUGGAAGAUAGACUGUGCGUGUUUAAGCAUGGAAUUACACUCUCUUAUGUACACAGUUUCACGCUAGGAGUCCGGAGUGUAUAAUUAAAAUAUCAUUAUCACUGAGAUCAGGAUACUGGGAUACGUGCUGUAUUACAGAGGACUAGGUAGCCUCCGCGGAGGACUGACAGUCGAUAGUCCUUAGCCGGAAGGGCACAUGCAACAGGAACUGGUAAUGAAUAUUAAAGAAAACAUCGGUGUUGGAUACCAGGGAGAUUAUUAACUUGUAAAAUUAAGGAAAGAUGAAUCGUUGCGAUACAGAUCCGGCUUUAAGAAUGAACUUCGAAAUGAUCACCGAGGAUAAUAAUUUUCUUUUCUAUACCUAUGGGAUCGCCUUGUCGAUAGUUGUCGGAAUUGGAAUACCCGGAAAUUGUUUCGCCUUGGUCAUAUUAAUGCAUCGGACUCUACAAAGUUCCCCCGUGAGUAUCGUGAAGGCAUUAACUAUACACGGCAUCAUCAAUAUGUGUUUUUCCAUAUACCUGGACAUCAUUCCAUCGAUAGAAAUGCACAUGGAAACAGAAAAUUUUAAUAGUGACAUUAUGAAAUAUUUGCUGCAAUAUGAAUGUGGACGUAAUUUUUCCGUGUCAUCUCCAAGUGAUUUUCAAUGUUUGAGACACAUUGACGUCUUUGUUAAUACGACCCAUUCGCUGUUGGCCCAAAUGAAGCCAGUCUAUGACCAAUUAGUGAAUGGGAGCAUAGUCAGCGGACGACAACCGUUUAUUAUCGAAAAUUGUAUCUUUGAUGGAAUGGAGGACUUGCAAAUGUCCGGUGGUCCAGUGUCAAAUCAAUCGAUAUCAAAUAAUGACCCACGAGUGGAUAUUUCCUCAUCUAAUUCUUCUUUCAAUUCUGUCAACCCUACAAUGGAUAAAGAUAUUGGGUCUUUCAUUGAAAAGGCUGUUGGUAGAUUUAUCGGUUACACCCUCGUCAAUUUUGGAUUACUGAUCACCUUUUGUCUCGCGAUAGAGAGAUGCGUAGCGAUCUACUUUCCUUUCCAAGCUGUUAGAUGGUUGACUAUUCGGAAAACCAGGAUUUCCUUGGUGCUAAUAUUUCUUGCGUGUGUUUCCACUCACCUUCCACAGAUGGUGAAAGAAAUAAGCCUCGCAAAGUCCAAUUCCUCACUAAUAAACGAAAACAGAGACAAGGCGACUUCUAGUUUUGUUGAGCCAAUUCGAAAAGAAUACGAACGGUUUUAUGCCCUGAUAAGUCUCAUCAUUUGCAUUGCAACAUUUAGUUUAAAUUUUAUAGUUUUGUUCAAACUGAUUAUUCUUCACAGGAAGUUGAAAUACUGCAAACAUUCAGUGAAUGCUCAGCGUACAGAAAUCAACAUCACAGUUGCCAUUGUUGUUCUGAUAUUUUUUCAACUGCCUUUUCAUAUAAUGGCCGCCACCAUCGCUUUUAUCCAAUCCAGCUCUAUAAUUCACAACGUGAAUUCAUUCAUCAAAGCCACAGUAUUGAUACGCUUCUUUUUUAUCUCCCAGUCAGCCUUAAAUUUCAUAAUUUAUUGUAUUCUUGCUAGAAAUUGUCGAAAGGUCUGUAGAAUUCUAUUCAGGAAACUGUCGCUGAGUUUUACAAGGAAGACGACUAGUUUGACUCAUCAGGAUGACAAAAUCGACGAGAGAGUACGAAGAAUUUACUCCAAUUCUUUGACAACAGUGAAAGCAACAGAAAAAGACGACGUUCGUGUUCAAAUUAACCCAUUGGAUGAGAUUCCUCUACAUGUAUUAACAGAACCAAAACAACAAUAUUUGGACCACGACAUACAGGAAGACAAACACAUUGUGCGGAACGGAGGAGGUGGUGCCGUGAAAAAGAGUUUUGUCUAGUGUGCGGAACGGAGGAGGUGGUGCCGUGAAAAAGAGUUUUGUCUAGUGUGCGGAACGGAGGGGUUGGUGUCCCAAAAAGAAUUCUGUUAUGGAUGCGGAAGAUAGGGAAUGGUUUCGUGUAAAGAAAUACUGUUCAAUGUGCGAAAUGGAUGGGAUGGUGCUGUAAAAAGAAAUGUUGUCUAGAAAUGGCGGAAACCCAUGUUUUGUGGUGUUAUUCCCGCGCUUGGUUGAAGAAUCAAUACACAUAUUUUUAUGUAAUAAUCAUUACAUGAUGUUUGUUGUUGCUUUUAUUAAAGCUUGUAAUAUUAUGUUAUGUUA